CAUGUUAGCAAACAGCGAAUAAUGGGAUUCACAUGAUGAUAUAAGUGAUACUAGUAGUUCGGUGUGUUCGCUUGCACACGGUAAACCAUGAAUCCAAUGAGAAUGAGAAUGGAUCCACUAUCACUUCUUCGUGAUUUCACUAUGCGAGGUGAUUUAGACAAAAUCGUUCGUAUUAACGGCGAUUUCCGAUUCGGUGACGAAUACACCUUCCCUUCCUCUCUCGAAACCGCUUACCGCUCCACUAAAGGUAACCGCUACACACUCGAAACCCUAGUUCACUACAUCAAAAACCACCACCUCAAACACACUGAGUAUUUCCAAAACACCUUAGCUUUAAGCAUUCCCUCCGUCACUCUCCCUGAUCGGAAACCUAUCCUGAAUUACCUUCAAGGAAUUCUCUCCACCACUGAUUCUAUCGAAUAUCUCCCUGAAGAACCUUCCCUCGAAGAUCCUUCCUCUCUCUACAAUCAGCAACACCAACAAUCAUCUCUCAUUCCACAAUCAAACGAAGCAGUCGUAGUUGAAGAUCCACCGUUGGAUUUUAUUUCCAUGAUCAGAACCGUUGAAAAGCCUCUCAAGGAUCGAGAAUCGUUACUCGAGUGUAAGAAUCGCGAUUUCUACGGCGUACUUGUUGCUGCCACGAAGCGCGAAGUAGAGCGGCAGAGGAUGGAAUCUCAUCAGAGGAAAGACGGUUUAGUUGCUAAGAGUCGAAUUAUGGGUGGUUCUGAUGACUUUGGUGAUGAAUUGGGGUAUGAUGCAACUCCUAAACCUAAAAUGCAUCUUAAAAUUGGGGAAGGUGUUCCUAUUAUUUUGGUUCCUAGUGCUUUUCAGACUUUGAUUACUAUUUAUAAUGUUAAGGAGUUUUUGGAGGAUGGUGUUUAUAUACCUACUGAUGUUAAGGUUAAGCAGAUGAAAGGUGCUAGGCCUGAUUGUGUUACUGUUCAGAAGAAGCUUAGUAGGGAUAGAGUUGUUACUGCUUAUGAAGUUAGGGAUAAACCCUCUGCCCUUAAACCCGAGGAUUGGGAUCGUGUUGUUGCGGUUUUCGUCUUGGGGAAGGAUUGGCAGUUCAAGGAUUGGCCUUUUAAAGAUCAUGUUGAAAUUUUCAAUAAAAUUACUGGAUUUUUUAUGCGUUUUGAAGAUGAUAGUAUUGAGUCAGCAAAGCAUGUGAAGCAGUGGAAUGUAAAGAUUAUAUCGAUUAGUAAGAACAAGCGGCAUCAAGACAGGGCUGCGGCGUUGGAGGUGUGGGACAGACUAGAAGAAUUUGUGCGCUCGCGAUCACAUUCUUGAUUUGUACCGUGUUUAGAGAUCACUGUAUGUAAUUUCAAUUUUGAGCUCCCUGUAUCCGAAUAUUACAAUUUUUGGUGUCUUGUGAUGUUCUGUCAGAUGAUAUGUAUUCAAUAGUUCCAACUUCUAAUAAUAUAGUAUUUGUUAAAUUAGGAUUCUCCCUUCUUUACUAUAGUAGAUGCACUUAUUAUUCA